GAUCGGAUCAACGAGCAAAGCAUAUUCCUACCUCUCUCUCUCAGGGUUUUGAACUCUCCCUUUGUUUCUCCUCCAACUCCCUUCACUUCAUCUCUCAUUCCAUCUCACCAGGGUUUUAGACCUCUUCACUCCCUAACCCUCUUCUCCCCUCAUCCAUGGAGUCCCUCUCUAAACUCAACCUCCGCCACCAACCCCUCCACCUCUCCAUCAAUCCCCACCGUCCAUCUUCCCUCAUCCCCAUUUCCUCCUUCCGCCCCCUUCGCUCCUCCUCCUUCUCCUCCCUCAAAAUCCGCGCCUCCUCCGCGGACCCACCUCACCAAGCCCCCCAAAACCCUAAACCCUCCUUCCUCCAAACCCUAUCCCCUCUCGCCUGCGCCGCCGUCGCCGCCGCCGCGUUCUUCACCAUGCGCUUCCACCCCACCAAACCCGCCUUCGCCGCCCCAACCUCCACGGUGGAGCCCGCGAAGGUGACGUAUGAGGAUGAGGAGAGACAAAUUGAGGAGCAACUGAGCCGUGACCCGAACGACGUCGAGGCGCUGAGGUCUCUGAUGGAGGUGAGAAUCAAAGCCCACAAGCUGACCGAGGCGGUUCAGGUGCUGGACCGGUUGAUCGAGGUCGAACCGGAAGACUUUGAGUGGCAGCUGUUGAAGGCCAAUGUUCAUACUUACAUGGGUGAGUAUGAUUUAGCUACUAGUGAAUUUGAAGACAUUUUGGCCAAGGACCCUCUUCGAGUUGAGGCCUAUCAUGGGCUGGUGAUGUCUGCGUCGCAAUCGGAAGAGAAGCUGGAGCUUGUGUUGAAGAGGGUUGAGAAGGCAAUGGAGGCGUGCAAGAAGCAGGGGAACACUUCGGAUGUGAGGGACUUUAAGCUGUUGAUUGCGCAAAUUCGGGUGAUGGAGGCUGAGUACAAGGAUGCAUUGGAGCUUUAUCAAGAGCUUGUGAAGGAAGAGCCCAGGGAUUUCAGGCCGUAUCUGUGUCAGGGAAUUAUAUACACUCUGUUGAGGAAGAAGAAUGAGGCUGAGAAACAUUUUGCGACGUUCAGGAAGCUUGUUCCCAAGAAUCAUCCUUACAAGGAGUACUUUGAUGAUAACAUGUUUGCGACCAAGCUUUUUGGGGCAAAGGUGGAGAGGGAGGCGGCUGGAUCGAAUGUAUGAGGUGAGAGGAAAUCUGUUGCUGGAUUUAUGGUUAUUGUGGUGAUGGUUAGUGUGGAUGCCUCGGUUUUCGGGUUAACACUUGGGCUUUAUAGUGUUAGCCUUGGGAAUGUAGGUAACUUAGUAGUAGUGCUAUGAGUAUUCAGAAUGUAGAGGUAUCUUGCAGAUUUAUCAGUGAAAUUUAGUACUCUGUUGAACUAGUUUGUGUCAAUUUUGAAGUUAUAGAUAGAAAGAAUUAUUUUAUGAUGUUCAUUAAGACGUGUUGGUUUCAUGCUCUUUAUACUGAAAGAGCUUGUUUUUUUAUAUCCUUCCAUACAGGAAACUGUAUGGUGCAUGUAGUUAUUUAAUGUGGGCAGUGCUUCUUUGUUGCAG